AUGGAGCAGAGCGGGCAGCCCCCGCCCCCGCCCCCGCCCCCGCCCGAGGAGAACCUGCAGGGCUCUUGGGUGGAGCUGCACUUCAGCAGUAAUGGCAACGGCCACAGCGCUGUGCCAGCCUCCAUCUCCGCUUAUAAUGGCGACAUGGAAAAGAUCCUUCUGGAUGCACAGCACGAGUCUGGGCGGAGCAGCUCCAAGAGCUCUCACUGUGACAGCCCGCCUCGUUCACAGACACCCCAAGAUAUUAACAGAACUUCUGAAACGGAUACUCACAGCAUUGGAGAAAAGAACAGCUCCCAGUCUGAAGAAGAUUACAUGGAGAGACGGAAAGAAGUGGAGAGCAUCCUGAAGAAGAACUCAGACUGGAUCUGGGACUGGUCCAGCAGGCCUGAAAACAUCCCCCCAAAGGAGUUUCUCUUUAAGCAUCCAAAGCGCUCCGCCACUCUCAGCAUGAGAAACACGAGUGUCAUGAAGAAGGGUGGCAUCUUCUCGGCGGAGUUCUUGAAGGUUUUCCUCCCGUCCCUGCUGCUCUCUCACUUCCUCGCCAUUGGGUUGGGGAUCUACAUCGGAAGACGUCUCACCACCUCCACCAGCACCUUCUAGGGCAGGGGGCCGAGCAGCAGGCUACUGUCUCUGAGCAGGCAGAGUGGUUACCGGAGGAAGUCCGUCCAUCCAUCCGAGAUGGCUCCUGUUGACUUAUGUUCAUUUGUUGUGUAAAUGUCGUGUUCCUAGUUCAGUAGAAUGGGAGGAUAGACACCUGUAUCCAUACCCUAGGCACCAGCAUAGGGAGCGGGUCAGACGGAUUCACCUCUCCUCUUUGUAGGCUUAGCCCUCGAGUUCUCUGAUGACAGCCUUUCCUAUCCCAAUCCUGAGGCUUCCUGGACUUCCAUGAAAUCCCAAAGCUUCCACGUUCCCCUAAACAGUGGUUAUUCCUUUGAACAAGUGAAUCGUGUCAUUAUUACAAGCAUUGUGUCUAGGGGCUUGUCCAAAAUGCUGUAGACUUGUCACAUGUGGUCCCAGAAAUGCCCCCAUGCCCAUCUGCCCUGGCUGGAGUAGCCCCUUGGUGAAGACUCCCCUCUGUUCUGCUGGGUGGUCUUCCUGGGCAAAUGGGAAAAGAGGGCGGAAGCCCUCGGGGCAGUCCACCUGACGCUGACGUUUGAAGUCUCAUUCAGCUCCUUGCCCCAGAACCUGACUGGUUUCCUGGUAGGGCCUGGCACAUGGCUAACCCUGCUAGACCUGCUCGCUUCCCCGUGCUCCCUGCUAGCCCCAGCUGUGCUCCUUCACCCUGCCCUGUGUCGACUUCAGCGACUGAAACCAGAAUGGGAAUAAUUCUUUGUUUGCCAAAUCCUUCUGAGAUGCCUGUGUUAGGUCCAGGUGAGCCCACAAGAGGUUCACAUCUUCUGUUUUCCUCGGGGCAAACACUUUCUGAAAGGAGGCCAUGUCUUUGCUGUGCUGGACACACUCAUCAUUUGUUUAUGUUGUCUCUGACGUUUCUCCUACCCCCCCUUCAUCUGGACUGAAAUAAAUGCAACCCUCUAAUUUGAAAAGGAAAAUCUCUCCGUAUCUGCCAUCAGCCGUGCAGAAACAUGGCCUGCGCUGAUUAUCACGCUUCUCAGCACAUCUGCACUGGCUCCCUUCUUUGGUCAUGCCACCAAGCCAAACCAAGCACUCCCUGAGUCAGGUAGCACAGUUCCCACAGAGGGUUUAGCUCAGAGACGCAGCCCUCUUUGCUAAGAGGAGGAAGAGGGGUUCGAAAAGCAGGUCCUGUUCUGUGACUGGCCCCCUCUUCAGCCACCCUGCCAAUAAUUAAGCUAAGUUGACAGCAAUUGCCAUGUGCCCAAACACCUUAAAAAAAUGAAGGAUCUUUUUGUUUUUAUAUCCCCUUUACUACUGAGCAAUUCCCUCUCCUGCCCAGCAAACUAUUUCUUGUAACAAAGAAUAAAAGCGUUUCAGCCAAAUUAACA